AUGGGGACUGCCAUUCUGAGGCUCACAGUGAUGUUUGUACUAAUUGGCCUUGCUAUCAGCAACACUGUUGGGGAAUACCUCCAAAACCAGACUGAUGUCAAUAAUGAAUUCACAACGAUGAACAAGAGUUAUCCUAUGCCUCCGAGAAGGUCAAACAGAUCAGAUCUGUGCCCAGAAAGGACCAAGAUCAGUCAUGUUUUCAAAUACAUUAACACGGUGUUAUCUUGUGCUAUUUUCAUCGUUGGAAUGGUCGGGAAUGCAACUCUGCUUAGGAUAAUUUAUAAGAACAAGUGCAUGAGGAAUGGACCUAAUGCUCUGAUAGCAAGUCUGGCUUUGGGGGACCUUAUCUACAUUGUCAUUGACAUCCCGAUAGUUGUGUUUAAGCUCCUUGCUCAACGGUGGCCUUUUGAUCAAUAUCCACUGGGUGAAUUCCUAUGCAAACUUGUUCCUUUCAUUCAGAAGGCCUCAGUUGGAAUCACUGUCCUCAAUUUGUGUGCCUUGAGUGUGGACAGGUACAGAGCAGUAGCAUCCUGGAGCAGGGUGCAAGGUAAUGGAAUCCCUCUUAUCACCGCCAUCGAGAUUAUAUCAAUUUGGGUUCUAUCCUUUGUCCUGGCAGUCCCUGAAGCGGUUGGGUUUGUUAUGAUACCUUUCGAGUACCGCGGUGAGCAGUUUCGGACAUGUAUGUUCAAUGCUACAACUCCUUUUAUGGUGUUUUACAAAAAUGCGAAAGAUUGGUGGCUGUUCGGCUUUUAUUUCUGUGUGCCAUUGGCAUGCACAGGCGUGUUUUACACACUGAUGACUUGUGAAAUGCUUCAUCAGAGGAAAGGAAGCCUUCGGAUAGCCCUCAGUGAACACCUGAAACAGCGCCGUGAAGUAGCAAAGACUGUUUUCUGCCUGGUCGUGAUAUUUGCCCUUUGCUGGUUCCCUCUGCACUUGAGUCGGAUAAUUAAGAAAACUGUUUACAACGAGCUGGAUGUUGGGAGGUGUGAACUGCUCAGUUUUCUGUUGGUGAUGGAUUUCAUCAGUAUCAACCUGGCAGCAUUAAACUCCUGUAUAAAUCCAAUAGCGCUCUAUUUUGUCAGCAAGAAAUUCAAAAACUGUUUCCAGUCGUGCCUCUGCUGCUGUUGCCAGUCCAAACCCCACAUAAACACAGCUCCGAUGAAUGUAACAAGCAUCCAAUGGAAGAACCAUGACCAAAAUUACUAUAUCGCUGACAGAAGCAUCCACAAGGACAGCCUCAACUAGCCGCGCCCUUGAACUGUUACAACGUGCUGAACCAUUAUGACCUAAAAUCAAUAUUGACUACUUCCUACACAACAUCCAUUAAGGGUUCCCUUCGGAUAAAGGAAGGAACUGGCUGUAAUGGUUGUUUUACCUGCAUUCCAAUUCAGAGAGAUGUCCUGGCUGGAUUUGCUGAUUACCAGAACUCCAAAAUCUUUCUUUAUUGGCUGUAAUACAGCCUUUAACUUUGAAUACAACUGGACCAGUAAUGUUCUAGGAGUCUUUGGAACAGCAUCUCAUCACCAAUUUAAUUUUCUGUUUCUGAGCUCAAUAAUGUUUUGACAUAUAACACAUCCAGGGCUCACUCGCGCCAGAUUGUCAGAAUGUCUUUGAAAGCAUCCCGCAGGCCCUGCUAAUAAGCCAGUUGUGUAGGGCUUAAAAAAUACAUCAGUAUUUGUAAUUAUAAUAUAAAACGAUGGUUACUUUGUAUAGAAAUGUUUUUAUUUAACACUUUAUCUUUUAAAAUUAUAUUUUUGGAAUCAUAACGGAACGUGAUAUUGUAUUAUUGCAUGUGUUGUGCUAACAUUUUCCAGUGCAGAUAAAAUGUUAGACAUACAAUGUG